AUGGACAUCACCUUACUCUACCUAAUGCUCUCCACAGCCGCAGCUGCCACAGUGAACGUCCUUCCCAAUAGAUCUCAGUUCUUUGGGUAUGAAUCCAUCUCUCUGAGCUGUGAAGCUCCGGCAAACUCCAGCAGCUGGAAACUGAAGAGAAACACCACCUCUCAGACUUCAGUUCCAUGCAACUCCGGCUGGGGAAUGUCAAAACAGUCCUCCUGCUUCAUUGAAGAUGCCUACCCAUCAGACAGCGGAAUUUAUUGGUGUGAGUCUGAGCGUGGGUGCAGCGAUUCCGUCAACAUCACUGUGACAGUUGGCAUGGUGAUCCUGGAAAGCCCUGUACUUCCUGUAACUGAAGGACAAGAGGUGGAACUUCUCUGUUCCUACAAAGAUGAAAAGACCAAAAAAGCUGUGUCUCAUGUUACUGCAAAGUUCUUCAAAGAUGGUGCUUUCAUCGGGUCUCAGCCUACAGGAAAGAUGCGUUUUCCAGCGGUAUCCAGUUCAAACAGCGGCCUAUAUAAGUGUGAAAUACCCUUGAAAGGAGAGUCACCACAGAGCUGGAUGGAUGUUACAGCCCACGCUGUGUCUCCUCCACUUUUGCCGACACCCAGGAUCGUGUCCAUCACCCUGCUGGUCAUCGUCUACAUUGUACUGAUCAUAGUGUGCGUAAAGGUACACCAUCGCUGGGCUCAAGCUAGAGCUGAAGCAAAGAAAAUAACAUUUGAUGACCCUUCAAGGAUGUGA